AUGAUAAAGAGUACGAUGUGUACAUCUCGUAUGCGAGGAACAGUGAGGACGAGCAGUUUGUUCUGUCGACGCUGCGCAAAGUUCUGGAAAACGACCUCGGAUACUCAGUGUGUAUAUUUGACCGAGACAGUCUGCCGGGAGGGAACUCCUCAGACGCCAUCCUGCUGUCGAUGCAGCGGAGUCGCCGCCUCCUGUUUGUCGUCAGCCCCGUCUUUCUGACAGAAAAAAGCUUCAGCCUCCUGGAGUGUCGGCUGGGCCUGUACCUCCAACAUGGCCACCAGGCCUCCAUUGUCGCUGUCGUUUACCACUCAGUCAGUAAGCUGAGCUGCGUGGAGGUGACCCAGCUCCGACAGGCGGCCGUCAGCACCGUGAAGUGGCGAGGAAGUCGAUCUGAGUCGCGGCAUUCUCGAUUCUGGCUGCGGCUGAGGCUGGCACUGCCCGUACGGCCGCUCGCCAUGGGCAGGAGGUUGAUUGACAGCACGUCAUCUCACUCGGACCUAGCCGCGCUGGCGCUGCAAAGAGCCCAACGGAUCCAGAAUCAGAAAGACAGAACCAAUCAGACUCGCAGAAACAGACAGGCCCCUCCCAGUGGGAGUGCGAAGAGUUGGGGCCCCUCCCCCCUGCAGGGGCCCCAGCAAAGCAGGAACUGCUCGGGGUGUGCUGGAUUCGUUGACCAGGUGGAUGACAGAGGGGAGGAGCUUAAAGUGGAAACAGAGAUGCAGCAGGUGGCACAUGACAGGACUGACCCCGUCCCACAAACAGACCCCACCCCGAUUCCAGACUCCGCCCAUGAAACACACUUGACUCCUAACCGCGCCCCCACACCUGCCCAGGCCUCAUACCCGGCCCCGGACUCCGCCCCCCACACCUGCGAGCAGGACGAUGGCAGGAAACACAACCAACAGCAGCAGAUGAUUGGUCCCUGGAGGUCGGAGGAGAAUGAUUGAGGUUCUGAUUUUUAUAUUUCAUGUGCACUGAUGAAAAUGUAGCUGAGGAUUUAUCCUCUGAGGACCAGGAAUAUCAUGUAGAUGUGG